AUGGCUUCAACCCAACAAGGUACAAAGCGGAAACGCUCUCCCCACGCUGAUGGCAACAAAAGACCUGCUAAGAAGGCUAUUAAGAGGGGUCAAAGGUCUGACACUGUGAAUUUAACUGGAAAACACCGGGUAGAGGGUAUGGAGGAUCUUCCAUCGAGUCUUCGACGCAAAAAUAUUGCGGAGUGUGUUGUCGAGUUUAUAGAUGAACUUCAAACAGGUGGCGAUGAUUCAUUAGCUCCGAGAGAAGUUGGCCCUCCAACCAAUCACACGAUUAUCAGGUUGAUCUUCCAACAUGAGGUCCCAAAUAAUGCUAGUUAUGCACCAGCUGGCUCAAAAGGGGUUAUAUUGCAUUUUUAG